AUGGCUUCAACAACUGUAACAAGACGGGCGCUCCUGCUUACGAGCCGGGCGCGACACUUUAGCUCCACCGCUGCUCGGCCCGCCGCUGAAGUCAAGCGGCUCGGUGUCGUCGGCGCGGGGCAGAUGGGCCUUGGUAUCGCCCUCGUGGCUGCCCAAAAGGCAGGUGUUCCGGUGAUCCUGGUUGACAACUCACAACAGUCCCUGGACAAGGGUCUUGCCUUUGCAGACAAGCUCCUUUCCAAAGAUGUCACGAAGCAGCGUAUCAGCCAGGAGCAGGCCGACGCCGCCCGCGCCCUGCUCAAGCCCACCACUUCCAUCGAAGACCUCUGCAACGCCGACUUUGUUAUUGAGGCCGUGCCUGAGAUCCCUCAGCUCAAGUUCGACAUCUUCGCCAAGCUAGCCGAGAUCUGCCCCAAGCACGCCAUUCUAGCCACCAACACGUCCUCCAUCUCCAUCACGCGCAUCGCCGCCUCAACGACGGGCGGCAACUCAACCGACAGGAGCAACAGCUCGCGUGUCGUCGCGACCCACUUCAUGAACCCCGUGCCCGUGCAAAAGGGGGUCGAGAUCAUCUCCGGGCUACAGACGUCGUCCGAGACGGUCGAGACGGCCAUCGAGUUCUGCAGAAAGCUCGGCAAGGUGCCCUCGGUCUCGGCCGACCGCCCGGGCUUUUUGGCCAACCGCAUCCUGAUGCCCUACAUCAACGAGGCCAUCAUCUGCCUCGAGACGGGCAUCGGCGACCGUGACGCAAUCGACGCCAUCAUGAAGAACGGCACCAACGUGCCCAUGGGCCCCCUGCAGCUGGCCGACUUCAUCGGCCUCGACACGUGCCUCGCCAUCAUGAAGGUGCUGCACGAGGAGACGGGCGACUCAAAGUACCGCCCCAGCGUGCUGCUGCGGAACAUGGUGGCCGCCGGCUGGCUGGGUAAGAAGAGCGGUAAGGGUUUUUACGACUACUAGGGCGUUUCUCCUGUUUUUCAGUACGUGUACUUCUGAUAAGAUCCAUGUAUGAAUGUACAAGUAGAGUUGGGCAGUGCACCAGCGGAGUAACGCAGGGGCGCGGUGGCCACAUCACCUCGAAUGUAACCCAAGGCUUCAUCAAACUCAGAAAAAUGCUUCUAUACGGUCAGACGGAUCUUGGGUAGGAUAGAAAUCUGGCAUCGCGGUUUUGAUUCACGGUUCGGUAGCCCAACCCGUGCUGAAAUGCGACCCAAGGGGCGGGAGGCCAUUGGUGAGGCACCUCAAAUGCGUUUGCCAGCCGCAAAGUGCUACCUAAACGUUUACUUGAUAGCAUCGCAUCAGUAUCGAGAUUUGUCGAGCAUAGGUGGUACAGAAGCAUUCGCCACAAAAAGGGGUAUAGGGGAUGAUGUGUUUGUUGAUGCUGUUGUUGCCCAGGCAAUCAAAU